AACAUGUCUUUCAAGUUCAACUUUCCCACUUCCUCUUUUGCCCCAAACUCUUCUCAAGGCAACCUUCCCGCCUUUUCCUUUCCUUCCUCCAAUACCACCCAACCAUCUCAGUCUGCACAGUCGGCGACGAUGACCGGCUCAAAUCCUUUCAGCCUGAAUCUAUCCAACAAUCAGUCGUCUCAAACUACUCAAGCAGCACAGACGCAACCAGCGGGAGGAGGCUUUUCGUUCCCUUCCCUCGGUCAGAACAAUCAGCAGCAGCAGACUUCGGUCCAGAAUCAGCCCGCCGCCACUUCAACGUCGGCUUUCAGCUUUGGCAACAAGCUUGGACAAUCUACCACUGCUCCUGCGCCUGGUGGCUUCUCUUUCGGAACUCCACAAAAUGGUCAAGGUACGACCGGGGGAUUUGGAAUCACGACCGCUAAGCCCACCACCAAUUUUUUCGGCACUCUGGGCCAACCGUCGACAACGACUCAAACGAGCUCACUUCUCGGUCAACCGCAACCGCAGCAACAGCCUACGUCAGGAUUACUUUCCGUUGCUACAAACCAGUUGCAAUCUUCCACUUCUGCUCCCUUGACAAUCAGUAAAACUACCAAAUUUUCCGAACUCCCUGAAAACAUGCAGAAGAAUAUAGAACAGGUAGACUCAUGGAUUAAGGAACAAAAGAAAGCAGGAGAGGGAUUGCUUACCGAGCCUCUUGGUAGAGCUAUAUAUCAAACUUCGGGGGAAGUCAAAGCCGCUAUGGAGGAAGGAACUGCUUUGACUCAAGGACUAGCGGGACUGCAUGCCUCUCUGAGUCAGCUUAGAGCAAAGUUCGUGGCUGAAGAAGACGAUCUGCGACGGAUAGCGGAGAUCUGGGAAACAUAUAAAAGCGUAGAUGGAAGGCCUGGCGCUAUCCGGGUUGCCGCUCACAGGGAUUUCCCACAAGACUUUUUCAGUCGCGUGGCCGCCGCUAUGGAAGAGAGGGUGAUAAAAUAUCGUAAAACAAUAUCUCAACUCAAUAGGGCCAUCGGAUCUUUGGCCCACGAGAACGAAUCUCCAUCGCCCGAAGCAAUCGCCACCACGAUUAACAACCAUCAAAACGCCUUGUUAACUCUCGCCGCCCAACUGGAAGGGCUACAGUCUCGCAUGGCAAGUCUGAGAGCAACAUUUGCUGAGACCUACAGGGAAAGAACAGGAUCAAUGAGAGAUCCGUUCGACGUUGCCAGAGAAGAAAAAGGUCUCACCCUUAUCCGGACUUAG